GUAUACAAAGCAGGUAAUUUCGUGCGCUACAUAAUUGGUAAUUCGUCCAUCGUGCAUCGAUCGUAGCAGCGAAUUGAUCGUCAAUCUCCCCUCAAUUCCACGAUAUGGGGAAUCACGUCUUCUUUUUGUACUGGGUCUCACCCAUCGUUUUGGGUCAGCAUUCGGCCUGUCACUUUGUCCAAUCUUUAGGCUUCGACCUUCCUUCAAGUUUCAGAAUUGGGAUAAGCUGGGUUUCAUCAUUGUUGGGCCUCGGAAUUGCAUUUGGGCCGCCCAAGGCCGAUUCUAUGGCACGUAAAAACAAGAACAUGCAAUCGGUGAACAUAAUUGUGGGGACCCAGAUCUGGGUCGAGGACUCGUCGCUUGCUUGGAUUGAUGGGCGUGUCUCAAAGAUCGACGGGCAACAAGUCCACGUCGAUACAACAGAUGGGAGACAGGUGGUGGCGGAUUUAUCAAAAAUAUAUCCCAAGGACGAGGAUGCUCCUGCGGGAGGGGUGGACGACAUGACGAAGCUGUCGUAUUUGCACGAACCCGGAGUGUUGCAAAACUUGAAGACACGAUACCAACUCAAUGAAAUUUAUACAUAUACGGGGAGCAUACUAAUUGCGAUUAAUCCAUUCCAAAAAUUACCCCACAUUUAUGACGUCCACAUGAUGGAACAAUACAAAGGAGCCCCUCUCGGAGAGCUUAGUCCUCAUGUCUUUGCCAUUGCUGACGUGGCUUUCAGGGCAAUGCUGAACGAGGGGAAGAGUAACUCGAUAUUGGUGAGCGGAGAGAGUGGAGCCGGUAAAACGGAGACCACAAAAAUGCUUAUGCGGUAUUUGGCCUAUUUGGGUGGCCGCAAAGGCACUGAAGGUCGCACCGUUGAACAACAAGUUCUUGAGUCAAAUCCAGUUCUGGAAGCAUUUGGGAAUGCGAAGACGGUUCGAAACAACAAUUCGAGUCGUUUUGGGAAAUUCGUUGAGAUUCAAUUCGACAAGAAUGCAAAAAUAUCGGGAGCAGCCAUUAGAACAUAUCUCCUGGAGAGGUCUCGUGUUUGCCAGGUCUCAGAUCCUGAGCGGAAUUAUCACUGUUUCUAUCUUCUCUGUGCUGCGCCACAGGAGGAAAUUAAAAAAUACAAGUUAGGGGAUCCCAAAUCGUUUCAUUACUUGAAUCAAUCAAGUUGUUAUGAGCUGGUUGGUGUGAGUGACGCUCAUGAUUAUCUUGCAACAAGAAGAGCUAUGGACGUUGUUGGGAUUAGUGAUACACAUCAAGAAGCAAUUUUUAGAGUUGUGGCUGCGAUUCUUCAUCUCGGCAACAUUGCAUUCGCAAAAGGAAAAGAAAUUGACUCAUCAGUUCUUAAAGAUGACCAAUCAAAAUUCCAUCUUCAGACAACAACUGAGCUUCUUAUGUGUGAUUCUGCUGCGUUAGAAGAUGCAUUAUUGAAGCGGGUGAUGGUCACCCCAGAAGAGGUCAUCAAGAGAAGUCUUGAUCCUGAAAAUGCAGCAGUUAGUAGAGAUGGUUUAGCUAAGACUAUAUAUUGCCGCUUAUUUGACUGGUUGGUGGACAAAAUAAACAGCUCAAUUGGACAAGAUCCAAACUCAAAGUCACUAAUUGGCGUUCUUGACAUUUAUGGUUUUGAAAGUUUCAAAAAUAAUAGCUUUGAACAGUUCUGCAUUAAUUAUACAAAUGAGAAGUUGCAACAACAUUUUAACCAGCAUGUGUUCAAGAUGGAACAGGAGGAAUACACAAAAGAAGAGAUUGAUUGGAGCUAUAUUGAGUUCGUUGAUAACCAAGACGUCUUGGAUCUUAUUGAAAAGAAACCCGGGGGAGUCGUUGCUCUUCUUGAUGAAGCCUGCAUGUUUCCCAAGUCAACGCAUGAAACUUUUGCACAAAAGCUUUAUCAGACAUUCAAGAGCCACAAGCGUUUUGUCAAACCAAAACUAUCUCGUACUGACUUUGCAAUUGCUCAUUAUGCCGGAGAGGUCAUGUACCAAUCGGAUCAAUUUUUAGACAAGAACAAAGACUAUGUUGUUCCUGAGCAUCAAGAUUUGUUAAAUAGCUCUAGAUGCUCAUUUGUAGCUGGACUUUUCCCUCCCCUUCCUGAAGAGACAAACAAAUCAUCCAAAUCGUCAAAGUUCUCAUCUAUUGGUUCUCGUUUUAAGCUACAACUCCAACAAUUGAUGGAGACUCUGAAUUCUACUGAGCCUCAUUACAUCAGAUGUGUUAAGCCAAACAAUCUUCUAAAACCUUCCAUCUUUGAGAAUGUCAACAUCUUGCAGCAACUGCGUUGUGGCGGAGUCCUAGAGGCAAUUAGAAUUAGUUGUGCUGGCUACCCUACUCGUAAGACCUUUUUUGAAUUUCUUAACCGAUUUGGUCUUCUUGCUCCAGAGGUAUUGGAGGGAAGUUAUGAUGAAAAGGUUGCAUGCAAAGUGAUUUUAGAAAAAAUGGGGCUUGCUGGUUCUCAGAUUGGUAAAACAAAAGUUUUCCUGCGAGCUGGUCAGAUGGCUGACCUUGAUUCUAGGAGGGCACAAAAGCUAAACAAUUCAGCCAAGACCAUUCAAAGGAAAGCUAGAACACAUAUUGCCCGGAAAUAUUUUAUUGCCUUACAAGAGGCUGCAGUAUCUUUGCAAUCUGCAUGCCGAGCAUGGAUUGCUUUGAAGUUGUUUGAACAUAUGCAAAGAGUGUCUGCAUCUCUCAAGAUACAGAAAAAAUUGCGUGGACGCAUGGCCUGGAAGUCUUACAAGAAUCUUCAGUAUGCAGUCAUUACUGUUCAGACAGGGAUGCGUGCAAUGGCGGCCCGAAAUAAUUUUACAUUCAAAAAUCAAAAUAAGGCAGCAACUAUGAUACAGGCACAUUGGCACGGUCAUAAAGCCUUUUCAUACUACAAGAAACUCAUAAGAGCAACAAUUGUGACACAAUGCAGAUGGAGGGGAAGGGUUGCAAGGAGAGAGCUUCGAAAACUAAAGAUGGCUUCAAGAGAAACGGGUGCACUUAAAGAAGCAAAGGAUAAGCUUGAAAAAAUGGUUGAAGAGCUUACUUGGCGUGUGCAGCUGGAGAAAAGACUAAGGACAGAUUUGGAAGAAGCAAAGGGCCAAGAAAUUGCAAAGCUGCAGAAUGCGCUGCAAGCAUCACAAAGUAAAGUGGAAGAAACAAAUGCACUCUUAAUCAAUGAACGGGAAGCUGCAAAGAAAGCUAUCGAAGAAGCAUCUUCAAUUGUCAAAGAGACACCUGUCCCUGUUGAGGAUACAGAAAAGAUUGAUUCUUUGACUGCAGAAGUUGAAAAUUUGAAGGUCCAAUUACAAUCAGAAAGACAACGGGGAGAUGAUUCCGAGAGUAAGUGUGCAGAAGCGUUAAAAUCAAGUGAAGAAAAGGACCUGAAGUUGGAAGAAACUGAAAAAAGAGUUCAACAACUUCAGGAAUCACUCACAAGGCUUGAAGAGAAGAUGGCCAACAUAGAGUCAGAAAAUAAAGUCCUUCGCCAGCAAGCUCUAGCAAUGGCACAAAGUACUAAAUUACAGUCAGUCCGCUCAAGGUCAAUCAUUCAGAGAACUGAAAGCACAAAAAGUACUAUUAGUACCUUAGAUCUUCAUAGUUCUUCGCUGAAUGCAAGAGAUGGUCAUGAGGUUGAGGGAAGACCGCAAAAAUCCCUUAACGAGAAACAACAAGAGUAUCAAGACUUGCUCAUCCGCUGUGUCGCACAACAUUUGGGCUUUUCCAAGGGCAGGCCUGUUGCUGCUUGCAUUAUCUACAAAUGUCUUAGGCAGUGGCGGUCAUUUGAAGUUGAGAGGACCAGUAUCUUUGACAGGAUAAUACAAACCAUUGGCCAAGCUAUUGAGACUCAGGAUAACAAUGAUAUUUUAGCUUAUUGGUUGUCCAAUGCAUCAACUUUGUUGCUUCUGCUUCAACGCACAUUAAAAGCAAGUGGGGCUGCUGGGAUGGCCCCACAGCAUCGACGAUCAACAUCAGCUACUCUUUUUGGGAGAAUGACACAGAGUUUUCGUGGAACUCCUCAAGGGGUCAAUCUUUCUCUCAUUGAUGGUGAUUCACCUGGUGGGGUGGAUACCUUACGCCAAGUUGAAGCAAAGUAUCCCGCUCUUCUGUUCAAGCAACAGCUAACAGCUUAUGUGGAAAAGAUUUAUGGAAUGAUUCGUGAUAAUUUGAAGAAAGAGAUUUCUCCUAUGCUUGGAUCAUGCAUUCAGGCACCGAGGAUAUCAAGAGCAAGCUUGAUUAAAGGAACAGCACGGACCCUUGCAAAUGCCGCGGCUCAAGAAAUUCUUAUUGCUCACUGGCAAGGAAUUGUCAAAAGCCUCGCAAACUUUUUGGACAUGUUGAAAGCCAAUCAUGUGCCUCCAUUCCUAGUUCGUAAAGUAUUCACACAAGUUUUCUCUUUCAUCAAUGUCCAGUUGUUCAACAGCCUCUUACUAAGACGAGAAUGCUGCUCAUUUAGCAAUGGUGAGUAUGUCAAGGCUGGGCUUGCCGAGCUUGAACAUUGGUGCUAUAAAGCAACUGAUGAGUAUGCAGGUUCUGCAUGGGAAGAGCUCAAACACAUAAGACAGGCAAUAGGAUUUCUGGUCAUUCAUCAGAAACCGAAGAAGACUUUCGAUGAGAUAAGCCACGAUUUAUGUCCCGUGCUUAGUGUUCAACAGUUGUACAGAAUCAGCACAAUGUACUGGGAUGAUAAAUAUGGCACUCAUAGUCUUUCACCUGAAGUUAUAUCCAAUAUGAGGAUUAUAAUGACCGAAGAUUCAAACAAUGCUGUCAGCAGUUCUUUUCUGCUGGAUGAUGAUUCAAGCAUACCAUUCUCAGUGGACGAUCUCUCGAAGCCUAUGGAGCAGAUUGAUAUUUCAGACAUUGAACCGCCACCGCUUAUUCGGGAAAAUUCAGGCUUUAGUUUCUUACUACCGCGCGCAGAUUGAUAGGUUUCAAUUGAUCUUUAGCUAAUGUUCACUGACAAAACUGUAGUAGAAAUCCAACCGUUAGCAAGAGAAGAAAAUUUUGUUUCCCUUGAGAUCGUUCUUUGGUUUCCUGUUUUUAGUUGUUUCUCUUGAAAGAUUAGCUUCUGUAGUUAAAGGCAGAAAGAAGAUGAUGAUGAAAGAAAGAGCUUAGAAUCAAGGCAAUUUGGUUUG